CAGCCAGCGCUGACCCCAGCAGAGGCCCGCAGAGCAGAGCCCAGAGCCUCCGUGAGAUGGAACCCGGACGCGCGGGGCCUGGUGCCCUACCCCGCUGGCCACGGCGUCGAAGGCAGUCGGCCCUGUGGCCCACCCUGGCCGCGCUGGCCCUGCUGAGCAGCGUCGCCGAGGCGUCCCUGCGCCCCGCGCCCCGCAGCGCCAUCCCCCGCCAGGGCCCGGUGCCCGCGCUGACGUCCCCCGCCAGCCCCGCGGCCGGGGCCCGCGGCGGCCGCGUGUGCGGCGGAAGAGCCCGGCGGCCGCCGCCCCCGCCGCCCCGGCCCGCGCCCCCGCCGCCCGCGCCCGCGCCCGCGCCCGCGCCCCCGCGGGGAGCCCGCACGGCGCGGGCCGGGGGCCGGGCGGGCCGCGCGGGCCGGGGCGGCCGGGCGCGGUCGGCGGCGCGGGGCUGCCGCCUGCGCUCGCAGCUGGUGCCGGUGCGCGCGCUGGGCCUGGGCCACCGCUCGGACGAGCUGGUGCGGUUCCGCUUCUGCAGCGGCUCGUGCCGCCGCGCCCGCGCCCAGCACGACCUGAGCCUGGCGCGCCUGCUGGCCGCCGGGGCGCUGCGGCCGCCGCCCGGCUCGCGGCCGGUCAGCCAGCCCUGCUGCCGCCCCACGCGCUACGAGGCCGUCUCCUUCAUGGACGUGAACAGCACCUGGAGGACCGUGGAGCGCCUCUCGGCCACCGCCUGCGACUGUCUGGGCUGA